AUGGCAAAAAAAAAUAUUCGUAAUGCUUUUCAAUCAUUUAUGCAUUGGAUUUCAUCAUCAAACGAUCAGAGUUCAACAGAUAAUGUAUCGAAAGUAUGUUGGAUUUUUCAUCUUCCAUCUGAACUUCUUCAAACUAUCACUGAAUAUUUAAAUGUUCGUGAUAUUAUUUCUUUGAGUAAAACUUGUCGAUCGUUUUAUACACUAAUUAAUGAUGAUAAUUUUUGGAUUCAUCGUAUACAUUGUCAAUUUCCUCAAUCUAUUUCUAAACUUUAUACAUUAGAUUUAUUUCAAGAACCUGAAAAUAUUCUAACUCAAGAUGAAGUUCGUCCAUCUGGUUUCGAUCAUAACAGAGGUGAUCAUGAACUUGAUCUUGCUGCAAUAAAUUCAGCUACACAUUAUAAUGAUGAAACUAUUGAAAAGCGUCAUGCUAAAAUGUAUAUAUCAAAAGAAAAUUUUUUAACUAAUCUACAAUAUUUUCAAUAUAAAAAACCAAAAAAUAUUCUAGAAAUUCCAUUUAUGAAAUUAAUCUAUUUUUAUUUAAUUGAUCGAAAACGAACUUCAGUCGUUAAUAUGUAUGUUAUUCAUCGUAAUGAUCGUUAUCUUGUCGAAUAUAAUGAUAAAGAUAGUUUAAUAGGUCGUAUUAUUCGUUUAAACCAAGUAUGUUGGCUUGAGAUAAGUGGUCGUUUUGAAUAUGAUAUUAUGCCUGGAAAAUAUGAAGUUAUAUGGCGAAUGAAAGGUCAUUCAAAUCAUGUCAAUAUAUGGGGAGAAACAGAAUUUAUCAUUGUACCAUUGCAUGGAAAAAUGUUAAUUCAUAAAAUAUCUGAAAAUGAUUUUCAAAAUUAUACACUCGAACAUGGUACUCAUUGGUUUUCAAUUAAUAUGGGUCACAUUAUAAUUUAUGAACUUUCAACAGUUUUCAUGGGAAUACGCAAUUGGAAUAAUGGAAAUUGGAAAACAGGCAUUUCAUGGGAUUGUAUCGAAUUGAAACUAAUACCAUAA